UAUUAUAACUAUAGAUUAAGAAUUGUUUGAAUAUAAUUGUUGGCUAACAUCGAAUAAGAUGGUUUCAAAAUUAGGAUCAUCGAUCAUUCGAUCGAUGUUCUUGAUUAUUUGUUCGGUAUCGUUGAUUGCUAACGUAAAAUCGGCGCCUAACCCAGUGACAGACUUGAGAAAAGUAGUUAAUAUAAUUAACGAUAUUACUACACUAUUUACCGGUAUGGAUGGUAUUAUUAAGCUAGCAAAGAAUGACGAUAGCGAUAAAGAGUUUCAAAAGAAAGUAGAAAAUGAACUCGACAAUAUUUAUAAAGCGUGUUCAAAGAUAGAUAACGUAAAAGAAGAAAUCAGAAAUUUAACUUCUGUCAUAGACGCAAAUGCCAUCCAUCUUAUUGAGGAACUCUCUUUGAGAGAAGAUAUGAACUACGUGUUAGAGAUAAAUAACAAAUUGAAUAUAAUUGGAACUAGAUAUGAAAACGAUUUUAAGAAAAUUUAUCCUUACAUCAAAGACUAUACUCAUGAAGAAAUCGAUACAUAUAUUGCCUCGAUUAUUGAUAAUGACGAUUUAAAGGAUAAACUAACGGAAAUUUUGAAAGCAACUAAGUUGCCUGAUGGUCAUGAUCCUUAUCCAGGAAAAAAUGUUUUUGAAAUAGCUGUCGCUUAUUCGAAAAAUGAGAAAAAUCAUCAUCGUGAAUGUGAUAGUAUUUCCGCUUACGAUAGACUAUUUAAUUUUUAUCAAUAUGUAAUAACCACCGUCACUCAAGGGUACACUAUGAUUAUAAUGUCUUAUGAGUAUCGUAAACUUAAAUCGUCUGAUCCGACUUUCAACAAGAAUAGGCAAUACGAGUAUCUUAACAUUUAUAAACAAUCCAUCAUUAAAAUAACUGAGUCAAUUCAGUAUUAUUUGAACUCGAAUAACAACAUAAACUUCAAAUCGACAAUUUCUUGUGAUCCGCAAUCAUGGGGAGAAGGAAGAAAUUAUAUUCGUAUCAAAAACUACGUAUCAAUUAAAUCUUCAGAAACCAUUUAUGAAGGAUUUCAGAAGUUAAAACCUGAUACAAGAGGAAUAGAAUAUGAAUGUGUAGAUUUUGCGGAAUAUGCAAAUUUGGAAGACGAAAAACUUAUUGUGACUAAACAUUGUCCAACUGCACUCACUUCGACCCACCCUGAUUCAUCAUAUUCAGAAUCCCCAGAUUUUUCAACCAUAUUUACUGGGAGACGAUGUCAUUUAGGUGUUCAGUCAAUAGUAGAAGAUGAUUGUUAUCGUGAUCAAAAUUCAGAUCGCAUCCUGAGUGUUCGCAAAUUAAGUUUAUCAUGGCAAACGUGCGAUCCUCAAAUAAAUGAAGUUGUAACAAAUAUGCAAUUCCAUGUUCAAGAGGGUAUAAUUAGCAUUAAAAUUCAAUGUGGAACGAUCAUUAACGGUACAGUUGAUAUAAAUACUCUUAGAUGGAUUGAAGAUGAAAGACCUUACACAAAAAAUAAUCAUCCAGAAUAUGUUGUGCUUUCGGGAACAUUGAAAUCAUUUAAUAUGGAUGAUAUUUUACUGCCUGAUGGAGAAUUUGUGACGGGUGUUAAGUUUGAAACAUUGGCUGAUAAUCAUUUGUCGUUGGUGAUACAGGGAACUAAAAUGUAUGAUUCUGAUAAUAAAAUUAUUAAGUCCUACAGUACUUCACGGUUUCCAGAAAAUACCGGAAAUUCAAGAGUGAAUAUAGAUUUAAAUCAACUCUCUGCACCUCAGGAUAUAACUAAGCAAACUUAUGAAAUGAGUCAAUCGGGAAGUCAUUACGUCGAUAUAGCAAUAUCUAAAUGGUCAGAUAAGUAUACAGGCAACGCGGAAUUACCAUUUUUGGAUAUGCGACCGGUCACUGUAUCACCAGUAACACCACUAGGUGGAAUUGGACUAUAUUACAAGAGUAUACCUGGCUACGGCGGAUUUAUUGAUUUCAAACAUAUUUCCCCAAAAUAUGUGCAUUUCAUUCCUGUAAACUAUGCCGAAAAAUUGACUAUCACACCCCCAGCUUAAUCAUUGAGUAUUCAAUAUUUUCUACACGCCGAUUAUUUUGCAGUAAAAGUUACGGAAUUUUGGGUACUGUGGUAACUUGUAGUACAUAUAUAAGUUUUUACCAAGAGAAUAUAGAGAAUUAUGAAAUUCGAUAACAUGUAUUUUGAGUGUCAUGGUAUUAAACGUACGGUGAAAACUGAAAUGCUGGCUUUUGUCUUUACGGUACCAAACUGUUUUGGUAAUUUUUACUAAACAAAUUACUGCGUGUACACGUUACAAUAAAAUAUACAAUGGUUAUUUUCACAUGGUUUUGUUACAAUGAUGCGUUAAUGAUAAUAAAUAAAA